CAAUGCCGUUAUCAAUGUCGAGUGCUGACGAGAACAAGAGUUCCAAGGGAACAUAUCUGAUAAAAUUCUAUUAAAUAGUCAGUUAAUACGUCUCUAUAAACUAUCAUGAAAGCUCAUUAAAAGGCAAACAGUGCAGUAGAUGGUGCAAACUGAAUUAAGAGUUUCUGAUGUGCUACCGUGUUUGGAUUUCUACGUUAUUCCUACUUCUUUUGUUCCUGGACUACAGGGAUUGCUCUUCCAGUAUACAAUAUGACGUACCUAGUAAAAUAUCCUUUAAUACCGUACAAGCAUGGGCAGUUAAACUUGGAACUGAACUUUAUCACUUUGGCGAAUUUAUUACAAGAAAAAAGGAAGUACAAGAUAGUUUCAAAUCCGCGCAAAUCGAGUCGAGAGAUGGUGAGAAAUUGGUCCAAAGUAUGGCAGACGAUAUACGAGCGAUGAUGGAACUCAAAAUCAGUGCAGUCAAAAGGAUAGUGGAAGCUGCAGAAAACAUGGCUUUCGACAAACAAAAUGAGCCGGUUAACGAAGAUUUUCAAUUUUUCAACAGCAAAGAAAUGGAAGACUUGUAUGAUGAUAUGUCAUUGACUACGACACCGGAACCUGAUUUCACAAUGGAAAAUUGGAUAAACCGACCUAUGUCAAAGAAUAUGCAUUUGCAAGUGAAUCAUCACUUUUCUCAUAUACCUGUUAACACUAAUUAUAGUAGCGUGCAUGUUCCAACUAAUGUUUACGCCUGGGCUCCGGAAGUUAUCAAAGGAAUUCACUGGUCAGAGGGUUUAGAUACACAUUUUAUCAAUAAUUAUCAAAGCGAUCCAACAUUAUCUUGGCAAUAUUUUGGAAGUUCAACAGGAUUCAUGAGACACUACCCAGCAAUGAAAUGGCGAGCAGAUCCUGUAGAUAUAUACGACUGUAGAACAAGAGCGUGGUAUAUGGAAGCGGCUGCCAGUCCGAAAGAUGUUGUUAUUUUGGUCGACCGAAGUGGUUCUAUGACUGGCCAGAGAAGAGAUAUAGCUAAACACGUAGUUACAAACAUUCUAGAUACUCUUGGCAAUAACGACUUUGUUAGCGUAAUGACAUUUGCCGAUACUGUGGAAGAAAUUGUUCCUUGUUUUGAAGAUUCACUUGUCCAAGCCACUCUUGCAAAUCUACGCGAAUUGAAGCUAGGCUUGGAUAAUUUUGAUACCAUGGAAAUAGCAAAUUUUUCAGCGGCAUUGACCAAAGCUUUUGAAUUACUUGAAAUUUACAGAAACAAUAGCGGUGGAGCAAAUUGUAACCAGGCUAUAAUGUUGGUUACUGACGGCGUUCCCUACAAUUACAAGGAAUUAUUCGAGAAGUACAACUGGAAGUAUGACACCCCGGUGCGGGUGUUCACGUACCUGAUAGGUCGCGAGGUAAAGGUGGCGGAUGUGAGAGAAGUGAAGUGGAUGGCGUGCGCGAACAGAGGGUUCUAUGUGCAUCUGAGCACGUUGGCAGAGGUUCGAGAGAGGGUGUUGGAACAUGUCAACGUGCUGGCUAGACCGCUGGUGCUGCAACGAGAGAAACAUCCCGUUGUGUGGACCCCUGUUUAUGCUAAUGUUACGGAUCCUAAAGUGGCAGACUACUUGUGGGAGCAACGUGAGAGAGCGGAGCAAAAGGAAAGGUUUAUGAGUCAACGACGUGAUAAAGUACUCUUCAAUUCGGAACAGGAGCAAAAUAGACGGUGGAAAAUAACGCAGAUGAAACAGGGUCAGUAUAGUGAACUCGGGAAUUCGCAAUAUCAAUUGAUGACUUCUGUAUCGAUGCCUGUAUAUGAUUUGCGACAUAACGAGAACAUCACAGAGAAUGUACUGAUAAAUGAAGCUUACUGGGUAUCAGUUACAAAAGAGCAUUCGUACGUCAACAACCAAUCGCAGUCCGUAGAGGAGAACGGCCAAAAAGAGAUGCGUAUCGCUAGAUUGUUAGGAGUUGCGGGGACAGAUGUUCCUCUAUCAGAAAUCCAAGCGCUGAUGACACCAUACAAGAUUGGGGUGAAUGGUUAUGCUUUCAUGGUCACGAACAACGGAUAUAUUCUAAUACAUCCGGAUUUGAGGCCUGUUUUUCAGCAAAUAUUAAAGCCGAGUUACAACAGCGUAGACAUGAUUGAGGUUGAACUUUUUGAUGACGAUCGAAGCCCAAGGAACUUCAGUAAAGAAUUAACAGCGCUAAGAAAAGAGAUCAUCGAUCAAAAAACUGGGAAUAAAAUGAUGAACGUGAAGUAUCAUAUGGAGGAUAUGAAACGGGUAUCUCGAGGCAAAAGGCACUAUUAUUGGACGGGAAUCAGUGACUCACAAUUCACUUUGGUGGUUGCCAUUCCUGAAAAUUAUGGUCGCCAUCGCAUCACACCGCCUCCUACAGACGACAUCCACCGCCUAUCUUUGACGUCUAAAAAUAUAUCAGCAAGACAAUAUUUGUCCGACAAAUGGAGUGUUCAUCCGGAUUGGCUGUAUUGCCGUCACUAUGAGCGUACGUUUUCAUCUCCUGAAGAGGAGCUGUCGUACUUCCUGGAAAGAGUAGCAAAGCCUGGCUGGCGGUGGCCGGCGAAACCGCGACCGCCAGAACACCACAAGAAUAAGGGACAUGAGAGACAUAACGAAGCAUCAGAAGGGAGAGACAGAAAUAAGGCGCCAAAUGUUACACCACGAAAUGAAUAUUAUUGCGACCAUGGAUUAAUGCAGGCUCUGGUAUACGACGCCAGGAAUACAGCGUGGUUCAACAAGAGCAUAUCGGAGUCAGCGUCUGAUGAUAAAGCCCCCUUAACAAAAGUGAUUGGAUUGUUGCCGAGGACCGAGUUCAUUCAACGUUUUGGCUUCAUCACUGCAUUCCUCGCUACACACAGCGGUCUAACGAGAUGGGAAACGCAUCCUCCUAAAGAUCACGAUGAGAAAAGUGACUUCGGCAAGCAAUGGCCGCGUGCAAUAGACGAAGUCUGGUAUCGACGGGCCGUUGAACAGCACUACGUGGAUCCUCUAAGUUUUGUCUACAGUGUGGAUUUGAGUACAGAAAAGUUCCCCCUCAACGUGAGCAAUGCUAUGGUGACCGCAGCACACGCAGUUUUUCACGGAGACGGGCAUCGAAAAACACCAGCGGCUGUUGUCGGGUUUCAGUUCAAACACGAACGCCUCGCUGAAUGGUUCCAGAAUAUAACUUCAUCCUGCGAACACAGCAAGGAAUGUGUAACGUGUAACGUCACAGACAACUGGGACUGCUACUUGGUUGACAGUAACGGAUGGAUUAUCGUAAGCGAAGACAACAGUCAGACGGGGCAAUUCUUCGGUAAAAUUCGUCCUGACAUUAUGAUGAAACUGGUAGAAGAGGAAGUGUUUAAGCCGGUUCAUAUUAUAGACUAUCAAGCUGUUUGCUUUAGGGAAAAGAAGAUUACAAAUCCUGCUACAGCCAUUUUGACGCCUCUCGAAAAUUUGCGUCUGAUCAUGGGGUGGUUUAUCGCAACUACGGUUUGGUUCUACAACUCAAUUACGCUCAGUUUAGCUCAAGCUUCGAGCUUUUCCUUUGACUACGAGUUUGUUUCAACCACUGGUUCUUAUCAAUACGAAAACGACGAAACUGACGACUCUACAAUGACGAAACCGGCGACGACAAGGAUACUUGAGAGGGACUUCGAGAAGCUUGUACUGAUAAACAGAACUAGGCCAACACCGUGCGAUAGAGAGAUGUAUUUAUACCAACUGGAGUAUAAGAACCUUGACGAGAAACUGAAUAAGCCUGUGAAGGAAUGCGACAGACCGUUCUACGCGCAGCUGGUGAACUACACGAAUAUGUUGUUGGUGGUGGUAGACGCGAUGUGCGCUAAGCAGGACGUGCCCAUAUACCCAAUAGACGCCAACGAAGUACAGUACAACGAGUCGCUGCCGUGCUUGAAGCAUAUGCACCCAUUGUACAGGAAACAGCCGAAUUCGUGCAUUCGAAACCAUACAGAGGAAAGCAACAUCGACAUGUGUGGCCGCUGCAGUCUACUAUCCAAGAGCUUCCUAUGGAUACCGUUGAGUGUAAUUUGCCUAAUUCAGUAUUUUUAAAAAUGUGGCCAAAAAGCAUUUAUCUACCUACUGUGCCCAAAAAGUUUCGUUACCAGUAACUGUUAUCUAUUUGCAAUAGUUUAAAUGAAGAAGUGUUAUUUUUGUGGAGAAAAAAUAUAAUUUUGUUUAUCCGUAUCUAAUUUUAGUAGAAAAAAAAAUACAUGUCAUAUCACAUAUCAGUUUUAUUGUAAGCAAUGAUUGAUGUAUUGUAGGCAUCAUCUAAAAAGUCCUAAUAUAUUGAACUGCAUUAAGCGUCAUAACUUUGAUAGAGCGAUUAGAAUAAAUCUGUAUAUAGUAUGGAAAGUUCGUUGAUGACACUCUCAUGAUAUGCGGGCGACGGGGGGAAAGUUUUCGGGGAAGUGAGGUGCAUCGGUCGUGGGUUUUUCAUUCAUCGCUACACGUCCCCCAGCCCGCGCGGUUCAUCGGGAGUGUUACGAACGAAGUUGCCAAGCUAUAAUUUAGGCGUCUCCUAAUUUUAUGAAGAAUCUAAUAAAUAUAAAAAUACCAUAUCAGCUACAGGUACCUAUAUUAUUUAAAGUUUCAUAUUGACUUAUUUAAAUACUUUACUAAAACUCAACUAGGAUUUUAUUAUGAGAUGAGAGUUAUUAUAAAGUAGAUAGGUGUGUACAUAAUCAAAAUUUUUAACUGUCAGGAUUUUAACUUGCUGAAAUAACUGAAUUGUUAUUUUGGCGCAAAUUGUUGUAAAAUAUACCUAACCGUUUUUAUUUCGCUAUCCGCCAUUUUUGCAUUUAUACCUAUGUGGGUAAAUUUUUGACAACAAAAAAAACAGUAUUUGAUUAAUUUUUAUUCCGUCCUAGAUUUGUUUACUGUGGCUGGAGUUAUUUGUAUUAUGUAAAACUCAGUUAUGUUUAGAAGAAAUUUCGUAUUUUUAUUCCUUAGGUUGUAACUAUAUCUAAGAACAAGAUAAUUCUCAGUGUUUAGUACCUAUAUUGAAUCUCAUAAUUAAAUAAUGUAAGCAAAAUAGUACAUAUAAUUAAAUGUUUUAAAAUUAUAUUGUGAAUAUUAGAUGUUUUAAAAGCGUCUUUCUCUUUCCUUUACAAAUAUUGUGAUUCAUUUGGUACAAAAUAAAUGUUUAUUGUAUUU